AUGCAGGGAAGUAGGAUGACUCCUCAACAACUAAGCAAAUGCAUCAAAUUUACACAGAAAGUCUAUGAUUUUCCAUUCACAGAUGAUUUUAAAAAGCCUGUAGACAAAAUUGUUCAAGAAUAUUACCAAAAAAUUCUUGAACCAAUGGAUCUCGGCACAAUUCUCGAUAAAUUAAAGAAUGGACAAUACAAAUCAGUUGAACAAUGGAAGGAUGAUCUUAAAAAAGUUUGGGAUAAUGCAAUGCAAUUCAAUGAUUCAAGAACAAUUUUAUUUGCUAUUGCAAAAGACCUUAAAGAAUACUGCAAACCUAAAAUGGAUGCAAUUGCAAGAUCUGAAUCAGAUCAAUGGAAAAUUUCACUCAAAAAUCAAACAAAGAAGCUAGUUAAACUCCUAGAUGCUCGUCCAAAGUCAGUUCAUCCAAGAAUUCUUUUAAAGUCAUCCCACUAA